GCUUUCCCUCGUUCGUUGUCGUCGUCCUCGUCGCCCCUGCGCCGCCGUCUCACGUGAUUCGGUCUUUCUCGCAGGAGUCGUCCGUCCAUCGAUCAUCGAUCAAGAAAAAAGAUACAGAUGGAGAACGUCUUGGGGCUUCUACGGGUGCGGGUGCUGAGGGGCGUCAACCUCGCCUCGAGGGACGCCGGGGGCAGCGACGCCUACGUCGUCCUCCGCAUGGGCGAUCAGAAAUUGAAGACCAGCGUAAAAAAGAAUUGUCUAAAUCCAGAGUGGAACGAAGACCUGACUCUUUGUGUCACAGAUCCCAUUCAACCACUUAAGCUUGAAGUUUAUGACAAAGACACAUUUACACCAGAUGAUAUAAUGGGUGAUGCGGAGCUUGACAUCCAGCCGUUCAUGGAUGCUGUCAAGAUGGAUUUGGCAGGUAUUCCAAAUGUCACCAUAAUCACAACGGUGAGACCAAGUAGGCAAAACUGCUUAGUCGACGAUAGUCAUAUUUCUCGGAAAGAUGGUUCGGUUGCCCAAGAUGUUGUCCUUCGGCUCCGAAAUGUGGAGAGUGGUGAAGUGGAACUGCAACUACUGUGGGUUAACAUUUCACGUGCUCAAGACAUCUAGCAAAGCAUCGUCAUAGAUCUGCCCUCCCUCUUGAGGAGUCUUGGUGAAUUUGUCUAGUGGUGGUGCUUCUGAUCUCGCAUAGUAUGAGCUCAGAUCUUGGUAAACAGUCUGUUGAAUCGUAAGUUUGACAAAACAAAAACUCAACCAUGUAUCUAUUUCGUAAUGUUAUGUACUUGUGUUUGUUGUUGGUGCUUUAUGCAUCACCAGGGCUCAGAUCUUGGUCAUGGGUACCUGUUAAAGCAUAGAUUUUGACAGGAAUAAAAGGUUCCAACAUCAAUCUUAUUCA